CAGGGGCUUGGGGGCUGAGAAGGGACUCGGAAUCGGAGGGACAGAGCUUUUGCUUGUUUUAGUCGUAACUUAAGCUUUCUAUGUGAUACAGGACCAUGUCUUAAAGAAUAUUUCAGAGCUUAUGAAAGUGAUGUGCAUGUGUAAAAAUGGAAACAUCUCAAAAACAUCCAGAUGACGCUCAGGAUUUUCUCUCCCAAUUAAUGAAUGCAGAGGAAAAAUGUUCAACUCUGGAGGAUAUAGAUCCCAAUAAAAUCCGCAAUGAUCGACAUGAGAGAAAUUUACAAACCAUGAUGGCUGCUGAUUCUGAAAUUGCAAAGAAGAUGUUUCCACAAGAUUUUUGUAAACCCAAUAGUCAGACAGAAAAAGCAGCUGUAACUAUACAAAAGUAUGCAAGAGGUUAUCUUGGAAGGAAGAAAUAUGUGGAGUUGCUAUGUGAUCAAUUUGAAAAAGAUCAAUCAAUUAUGCAGCUUAAAAUAAAGGAACAGGUUGAAGAAGGAGAACUCCUAGUAGAAAAUCAUCGUCUUGAAGUUUUGCUGGAUGAUAACCUGACAAGAAGACGAAAUAAAUCCAGACAGUAUAUAACCGAUAUAAUAACUAUACAGCGAGCAUGGCGUUCAUAUCUAAGAAGAAAAAACAGAGAUCAUGAAGAUGACACUAAGAAAGAUAACUCUACAGAAAAAGGUAAACAACAUCUACCAGAGGCUGUCCAACAAACUCUUACAACUGUGGAGGAAAGUGACUCCAUGUCAUCGUCUUACUCUGAGGUGUCUUUAGCAGAUAGCAGACAGUUCAGACAUGUGGAAAGUGGAAGGACUGAAAAUAAUCCAAAUAUUGUACAAAACCCAGGAGAGAGUGAGGAGGACUUCAACAGACGCCGACGUAAAGUCAAUUAUCUUAGUCUGGCUCAGGAGUUUGCUGAACUCCAGAGGACAAACUCUGAUUUUGUUGCACCUGAAAAUGGACAGACUGAAGGAGUAUCUGUUGGUUGUAAAAAUAUCUGUGAUGAAAACUCAGGUGGUGAAGAUUCUAGGAAUAAAGCACAGUCAAAACAGGAGGUGAAAUCUAGGUCAAAUUUUAAUUCUGGGGAGACGGAGGAUUUUGAAGUGUAUAAUAUGGAUACUGCCCUACCCUCUUUUGACUGGGAGGAUUUAGAACAGAAGCUACAGCAAGCUACACAAACCAGUAACAAAAUGGCACAAAGAAAUGAUAGAGAAGCAAUACGCAAGAAAUUAGCCAUGGAUGCUGGAGUUGAUGAUGAUUGUAACACUCAGAAAUUUUACAAGAAACCAUCAGUAACAAAGUCGUCUAAUACAAACCUACAAAUCUGCUUCAUGAAUGAAGAACAGGAGAUGGCCGAUCCUCCAUCUCAUCAGGAUUUUGUCUUGCCUAAGCUUAAUCCUCAAGAGACUCAAAAUGGAAGAGAACACGGCAGAGAAAAGAAAAAGGAUGGAGAUUUUUUAGUUCAACAAGCCAAGCUACAGCAAGAGGUCAAAAUAGCCCUUGUACAAGCAGGAACCAUGGCCCAUAUGCAGUUAGAAGUAGAGAAACAAAUCAAAAAGAAAUCCCCUAGUGCAGAUUCAGUCAAAGUUUCAUUUCUUGAGUCAAUUCAUCAGAGUAGAGUGGGAAAGCAAGAUCUGUUUGUGAUGAAUUUAGGACAGCUUCAAGUCUUAGUGAAUGAUCUUCACACACAAAUUGAAAAUUUAAAUGAGGAAUUGAUGAAUCUCCUUAUGGAGAGAGAUGAGUUACACAUGAGCCAGGACUCCAUGCUUGUGGAUAUAGAAGACCUCACCAGGAGAGCAGAAGAAACAGCAAAAAAGCAUUAGGAAGUUCCUCUCCAAUGGUUACUGAUGUCUCCCCAACAAGCCACAAAAUGCCUGAAUAUUAACUGAGGUGUGUCCCAGUGAUUCUCCUAGAGACAGUUUCAGUUUAUGUUAUGAUGUAUUUACAUUUAACCGCCAUGUUCUACAGAGACCUGAUCAGCUGUAUUGGUUUAACAUGCUUGCAUUGUGAUGUCACCAAUAUAUAGAGAUUAACUGCUUUACAGUCCAGGUUAUUGUAUUGUAUAAUUUAUUGUAUAAUGCAUUUAUUAAUAAUUAUAUCAUAAAAUAUGUAA